UUGUAGAACAGCUAAAAGUAGAACAACACGGACCGAAAAGCGCCUUUUUGAGGAAAACGGAGAUGGAGGGCGGCAGGUCCCAGUUUCCAUUUCCCUACCAGCCCUAUAAGAUCCAGGAGGAGUUCAUGCAGACCCUCUACAAUGCACUCGACCAGGGAAAAGUUGGCAUCUUUGAAAGUCCAACUGGAACGGGCAAGUCCCUGAGUCUGAUAUGUGGAGCUCUGAGCUGGCUCACAGAUCACGAGGAGAAAAAGAAACAGGAGAGGGCUGCACUGCUGCAGGAGGGGCAAGCUGCUCUUUCCACAUCUGCCGCUCAACCCUCCACGGCCAGCUCCUCAGCAGAACCAGACUGGAUCACUGACUUUGUCCAAAAGAAAGCUGAACGCGAUCUGGUGUCCAAGCUGAAGGAAGAAGAACAGAAAAGGCAGAAGAGGGAAGAACGGCUGGAAAUGAUCAGAAACAACGUUCAGCUAAAGUAUGCUUUGAAAAGAAAGACGUGUGAGGAGGAUGAGGCAUUGAAGUUGCUUCAGCUCAGUAAAGAUGAUCACGCUGAGGCUGCAGGAGACCAGGAAGACGAGGACAUCGUUGUUGCAGAAUACGAGAGCGAUGACGAGUCAAAGAGUAAAAACAGAUUCAUAGGAGCUGAGGAUGAUGAUGAUGAUGAAUUGGUUGAAGAGCACGUGACUAAGAUUUACUACUGCAGCCGCACUCACUCCCAGCUGGCUCAGUUUGUGCACGAGGUCCAAAAGAGCCCCUUCAGUAAGGACGUCAGUGUGGUCACUUUGGGCUCACGCCAAAAUCUGUGCGUCAACGACGAGGUGCGACGCCUGGGAAACAUUCAGCGCAUUAACGACCGCUGCAUGGAGAUGCAGAAAAACAAACAUGAGAAGCAACAUCAGGAAGAAGGCGCCAAACGGAAGCGAGGCCCGCCAAAAAGCGUGUGUCCCUACAAUAAAGCUUCCGCGCUGCAGCAGAUGAGGGACGAGCUCCUCGGGACCGUCCACGACAUCGAGCAGCUGCUGAAAGUCGGCAAGGAAAUACACUCCUGCCCUUAUUACUCCACACGCCUUGCCAUUCCUCCUGCACAGUUGGUGGUGUUGCCCUAUCAGAUGUUGCUUCAUGAAGCUACAAGAAAAGCAGCAGGAGUUCAAUUAAAGGGACAGGUGGUGAUCAUAGAUGAAGCCCACAAUCUCAGCGACACUCUCUCCUGCAUACACAGCGCAGAGCUCAAUGGAGCACAGCUCUGCCGUGCCCAUUCCCAGCUGAACCAGUACGCCGACCGCUAUAAGAACAGACUGAAGGCGAAGAACUUGAUGUACAUCAAACAGAUUCUGUUUGUGAUUGAAGGGCUUGUUCGGAUUUUGGGAGGUAAGGUGGGGCAGAAUCCACAAAGCCAGGCAACACAAGCAGGAACAGAGAUGUUUACCAUCAAUAACUUUCUCUUCAAGGCUCAGAUUGACAAUAUCAACUUGUUUAAGUUGUACAGAUACUUUGAGAAGAGCAUGAUCAGUAGGAAGCUGGGGGGCUUUGUGGAAAAGUACUCGGGCUCAGGUGUUGGUCUGCACACACAGACCAGCUCCAACAAAGAGAACCGGCGCACAGAGGGCUUAAAUCGCUUCCUCCAGACCCUCCAGAGCAGCCAGGGCUCGGCACCAGCAGACCAGCAGGGGGCUGCAGAGGCAGAAAAAGUGCUGUCCGCCUCUCCAAUGAUGCAGGUGGAGGGUUUCCUCAUGGCUCUCACCAACAGCAACACAGACGGCCGGGUGGUGGUUCACAAGCAAGGCUCCUUGUCGGAGAGCAGCGUCAAGUUCCUGCUGCUGAAUCCAGCCGUCCACUUCUCCCAGGUGCUGAAGGAGUGCCGGGCGGUCAUCAUCGCAGGAGGAACCAUGCAGCCGGUUUCAGACUUCAAACAGGAGCUGCUGUUUUCCGCCGGCGUGCUGGAGGAGCGCAUCACCGAGUUUUCCUGUGGCCACGUGAUUCCUCCUGAGAACAUCCUCCCGCUCGUCUUGUGCAGCGGCCCGUCCGGUCAGGAGCUGGACUUCACUUUCCAGAACAGAGACUCUCCUCGCAUGAUGGAUGAGACGGGCCGCAUUCUGUCCAACGUGUGCAAUGUGGUUCCCGGUGGCGUCGUGUGUUUCUUCCCUUCGUACGAAUAUUCCAGACGGAUCAUCUCUCACUGGGAGGCCAGCGGUUGCCUCACCCGCCUGGCCAAUAAGAAGAAGAUCUUCCAGGAGCCAAAGAAAGCCAGCCAGGUGGAGCAGGUGCUGGGGGAGUUUUCUCGUUGCAUUCAGAGGUGCGCGCUGGACGGCGGCGGACUCACAGGGGCGCUGCUGUUCUCUGUGGUCGGAGGAAAGAUGAGCGAGGGGAUCAAUUUCUCUGACGAGCUGGGCAGGUGUGUGGUGAUGGUGGGGAUGCCGUAUCCAAACAUCAAAUCCCCAGAGCUGCAGGAAAAGAUGUCCUAUCUGGACAAACACCUGCCUCACAGUCAAGGGAGGAGCCCUGGACAAGCACUAAUAGAAAACCUCUGCAUGAAGGCUGUCAAUCAGUCUAUAGGAAGAGCGAUCCGCCAUCGUGGCGACUACUCCUCCAUCGUGCUGUGUGACAGACGCUACGCCCGGCCCGCCACGCUCUCCAAACUCCCCACAUGGAUCAGAGAUCGCACCAGCACCUGCAAAACCUUUGGUCCCGCGUUUGCUGCAUUGCGGAGAUUUUUCCUGGAGAAGAAGCAGAAGCAAGUGUAAAGUUCUCUCCGAAUGGGCUGUACUAACAUCUUAAGUGUCCAACAUUUGAAAGUUCACCAUGUAUUGGUCUCAGGGGGAAUGUGAGCGGAGUUGAGAUGCAGUAGCAGACCUUGAAUGUGUUCUCAUAAAAAAAAAAAAAA